AUGUGGCAUAGUCAACACCGUAUGAUUAUGGGUGGAGUUCGCCGUACAUUAGUGUCGUCUGCCUCUCAGCGGUCAACACUUGGCACUGCCGCCUUACUUUUACAAGGGCGCUUUGCGAGCGGUAACAACAAUCCGUACACGGUGCUAGGCAUUAAACAGGGGGCGACGAAGGAGGAAAUCAAGAAGGCUUAUCGUGUGUUGGCGCGCAAACAUCACCCAGAUGCUCCUGGUGGCUCUCAUGAGAGGUUUCAGGAAAUUCAAGCAGCUUAUGAACAAAUCAAGAGUGGUGUGUGGAUUCAAAAGAACGCUGAUGGUGGUUCUGGUGGCGGUGGUGAUGGCUCUGACAGUGGCAACAGAUACAGUAACUUCCGCUUCACUACACGACGACACAAGAGCAAGGUUAGCUACGAUGAAUUCUAUGAGGAGAUGCACACGGGUAAGGUGAAGAAAAAUCCAUUCGGUGAUGAAGAUGAGGCGGAGGCCGCAGCUGCAGCGCGAGAUCCCCGUCGUAAUCCCCUUGCUGGAAAUGAGGCACUCGUACAGGCAUGGUUCCGUUUUAUUAUUCUCUGGUCGGCAGUUUUCAUCUCGCUGCGUGUGGCACUCUUUCUCACUUUCCCGCCAAAGUAUGAGAGUGCACGGAAAGCACCUAUGCCAGAGCGACCACGAAAACCACCACCGCCGAAACCACUCAUGAACAACUCACUUGUAGCAUAA